CCGAUCACAACAACUAAUGAGGACUGCUACCUCUCCAGACCUCUCUCUAUCUGUCUGCUGCCCUGCCGGCUCUACUGAAUCUGCGCUGCCAUGUCAGUGCAGGAUGUCACCCUAGUCAUAUUUAUGAGGAUAAAAAACGGGAAGAUGCGCCUGGAGGGGAAACGUCACAUUUUCAGAGGGAGCGACAGUGUGGAGCUGUGAGCGAGCAGGGGAGACGAAUAUGCGACACGUCGGUCCAAAAGCUUCGUAUCUCUACCAGAUAAAACGUCCUGUAGCUGGAUAAUGAUAUUUUGUCAGCGACACAGAGGAUUUUGUGAUCGCAGCACGUUUCAGCGGGAAUCUGGAUGGUCCUCCAGUCACGCCGACCCGGACCCCCUCACCGGUUUCAUGGGAUCAGGACCAAUAGACUGAUAGGCUAGUGCCCUGAAUUGCUGGGAGGUGUCACUCAAAGUUUAAAUAAGUCUCAUCCAAUUUUCAGGAUCCUAACGUCAUGGUGCUUCGGUUAGAUAUUAAUUUACUAAUAGCCUACCUACUAUUACUGUGUGUAUGUAAACAUUUCUGGAGGGAGGACUAUUUUAGAACCGCCUGUGUCUGUACCUAAUUAAUAUAACAAAGUAUUAAUAGAGAUCAGUAGAGUUUAGAUUGGCUCCUGAUGUAAUUCGGACAAGAAUUUAGUCUUUAAUGCCACAACAUAAAGUUUUUAUCCCAACACUAAGGAUGCCACCCUGGGUGUCCUUUCACGGACGGGAGACUGGAGAAUGAAAGCUGGAUUUCUGCGUCUUUCAUCGGACACAGAGCUGAACUAAGGAAACGCUCGGACCAUUAUUUUUGGAAUGGUCCAAAAAAUAUUUUUUGCGUGCCCCUUGGACUCCUGCACAAUGGGGAUUAUGCUUCAAGUUAUUCUAGGAAUGUUUCAAUUCCUUCUGCUCACCAGAAUACCGACGUCCCAGGCCAAGCUUGCACACUGGCGGCCGGCAGACUCCUCGAAAUCCAGGGAAGGUCGAGAAGUGCGGCGGUGGUUGGAGGUCUACUCAAGAAGCGGCUGUGAGCCCCGUGAAACUUUGGUAGAGGUUUGGCGGGAGUUGCCGGAGGAGACGCAUCAUCUCUUUGUCCCAUCCUGCGUGUCAGUGAGGCGAUGUGGCGGCUGCUGCUCUGAUGAGGCCCUGGAGUGUGUUCCCUCGCUCACACACACACUCACCAUGGAGCUGAUGAGAACCUCCUUCAUGAAACACGAGCUCAUUGAGCUGCCCUUCAUCGAGCACAGCCAGUGUGAGUGCAGAUUGAAAGAAGAAUUUCAGCCAACACCUACUGCAAGACCUUCAGUCAAGCCAACAAGAAAAGACAAGAAAAAAGGAAGAGGAAAGUCCAGACAGAAGACACCUGGAGCUAUCAGAGCUGCGACCAACGCUCCCCCAACUCUUCCUCUCCAAUCCUCUACUCCUCCAUCUCCUCUCCCACCAGUCUCCCCCUCUUCCUCUUCCUCUUCCUCUCCCUCUCCAUCGCCAUCUCAGAGGCCUCGAUGUCGCCCCUGCAGAGGCAGGAAGUGGGCUUUGGAUGAGACUUCUUGUCAGUGUCGCUGCACCAUCAGAGAGGAGAGCUGCAGCCGUAAAAACCGGAGGCUCAACCAUCAGCGCUGCAGGUGUGAUGCUAUGAGGACUUGAUGUGUCCAUCAACAACCAUUUCACCUGCUAUUCUCCAUCAACUCCGCCAAUUCAUCGCCCACUCUGAGCAUCAGUGCCAUGGAGCACACAGUUGAACAUCGGGGACCUCAGACUGAAGGAAAUAUUAACAGAAGCACACAUCAGAACCUGUAGUAGCACAAUUGUUUAGGAUUAAGUGCAGCAUUACAGCCUGAAUAUAGAUCUACAUAUAUGUGUCUGUUUGUGCAACAAAGCAUCUUGUCUCUCCAUCGCUUCUGUCCGUCCACAUGCAUGUACAUACAUGUAGAGCUAUAAAAACCCAUCCCAGUAGUGGAGGGAUGAAAAGGAAGCACAGUCUAUGAACAGUCUAUGAAAUCUUUCUUGGAGGAAAUCACUGCCAAAUGAAAUGUGCUCCUGCUCUGCUGCUGUUUGGAGGUUUGACUGUGAGAAGUUCUUUUGGUCUUAAGUUGAACUUAAAGACAUAAGAGGACAAUGGACCAUUUUAAAUCUAUCACUACACAAGAAAAAAGGACACGAAGAGAACUGGACUUCAGCAGGAGAUUAGAUUUUUUUUCACUGUAAACGGCACAUGGAGAUGGAUCCCAGGUUGAAGUUAAGGGCAUUUUUGUGGAUACAUCCACAAGGACAUGGGACAUGCACAUGAACCGGCACCCCAGUGUGCGUGGACCUAUAGUCUUGCUGAAUGCUGGGAGGUGAGCGUAUCUGUGUGGUCUCGGCACUGAAAGACCCAGAUGGGAUACCCCUGCAGCCGUUCACUCUCUUUCAGAGUGUCUGACCACAGGCUGGCUCUCCAAGCCGAUUUCCAGCAUUUGUUUAAUUUGGGCCUUUUGUCUCCAUCUUUCCUGCCCUCCCGGAUUGAAAGCAGUCGCUUUGCCUCUCUUUGCGUCUCUUUUAGGCAGUGAGGAGAAUGACAAUAAUGAGGGGGCUGGCGGCUGUCCACUGCUUCACACACAAACAUUCACACUUUUAAUGCCAGGAACACAGGCGACACUGCUAAUGCAGACACACACAGGCUCACCCACUCUGUUCUGUAGCAGACACACAUGCAUAUUUCCACACAUCAUGCAAUGUGAAAUUAAUGCAGGUAUAGCUUUUGUUUCUACCUAGUGUAUGUCAGUGUAUGUACUUUAUACAAUUUACUGUAAGGUCUUCAUUUGAUUUUUUUAUUAUAUAUUCCACUGUUUUAUAUUUUAUUAUAAUUGCGUUGAGUUGAUUGAAAAGAUAUUGUGUAUAUUGCAGAAUGUGUCUUUGUUUUGUUGUGUUCAUCUUUAAUCCGUCUGCAUAAAGAGUCACACUGGGUGGCCGCCUAUUAACACAGUCAGCAUCUAAACCGAUACCCAAACGUAUUGAAUUUAAACAGAGACGGCUCACACAGGCCACAAACGGGAGACUAUAUACAUUAUAAUGUGUAAUUCAAACAAUCAGUGGGGCAGUGUUGUCCGCAGCAGCACAUACAAUCCAAGCAAACAGCAGUUCCCAGUGCACUGAAAGGAAAACAUGGCUGUUAUUGUUGCAUGUUAGAGCCGGGAUGGAAAGAGUAUAAUUCAUUUAGAACAUAACUUGUUUAUAUUCUGACUGAAUCUCACGGUUUAACUCCAUGUUAGUUCAUGACUGUUUGGAUGCUGGGUGGGCAAGAGGAUUUGAACUGUGACUGUUUCAGAAAGGAUGAGGUCUGGAGCAGCUUGUCAGUCAGCGUGACAGGAUAAAUCCAGAGCUCAGAGGACCCAUAAUGGCUGGUCACACAGUUUAGAACCUUUGUCUCCUGUUAAAUCUUUCAAAAACAUUUCAACAGUGACGUCUGAGCUCUAUGACAAACAGUAGCUUUGAAAGUCAAUGAUUCAUGUUUGUCAUAUGAUCCUUUUGAUUGUCACAGCAGUCUACAGUUGGAAUUUUUUGUGUCAGCCUCUAGCAGAAGAAGUGCGUUUCAGUGAUAAGCUCUGUAUUUAUACUAUCCUGAGAUAAUAUUUUUUAUCACGCUGAGUCAAUUGUUCAGUGUUUGUUAUUACUGUCUAUCAAUGCUUCAAUCACUACCUCUAUAUCACAGCAGAUUAAUGACCAAGUAUUAGAGCAUUGUUGUUACUUUCUCUGUGUUUUUCAUAUUUAGCAAUAAGCAUAGUCUCCAGUGUAGUUAUGGAGCUAGAGCGUAUCUGUAGUGAUAAUCAUUAGUUAAGAGGAACGUAUAGGAGUUGUUUUUUUUGUGUGAGUCGUAAUCAUCUGAAGGGAAGCGGUUUCGUAAGAGGUGAACUGAACUGAUCCUCUGAGUACAGACCAUAGACUGUACAUACGAAUGGACAACAUGCCUCAGACUCCUCCUGAUGAAGAGAUGAAGCCAAAAUACCCUUGUGACAGGCGCUGACAUAUUGCAAAGUUGCAGUCUGCGCAGUAUGGAUAAGCAGGAAGAGCCAUGGCAUUGACGUCACCCUGCUCACCCUCAACGAAAAAACACUUUUAAAUGAGUGUUAGAAGGCAAAUAUUAGGAAACUGCAUAAGUCGACAGAGCUGUCAAUUAUGUCAUUUUAUACAUAUUUACAGCAUCAAAUGACUUAUUAAAAAUAACCUCAGAAAAAAUUUGAAUAAAAAUCGGCAUGAUAAUUACUAUCACAAAGUAAUAUGGAUUUGUGAAAAUAAUGUUUUUAUAUGCAUUUUGAUUCUUUAUUUUGACCCAUGUCACACCUGUUAACAGAGAGGAGACGGGGUUGUAUGGCCUCUAAUCCUGCCAACCAGUAGGAAGAGCUCUAAAUUUUUUGGCCUCACUUAUGGUGAAUUGUUCUGCUGUCCAUUUUUUAUUGCAGUCUAUGGUACAGACCAGACACUGUGCGACAACGAGGAACAGGAGAGUGUUUCCCAAACCAUUUGUAGCCUUUAUCUUUUAUUUUCCUUCCUUGGUGAAGAAUAUAUGUGAAGAUUGACACCACCCUGAUUACUUUAUAGUAAGUAUAAGGCUUGAACCACCAGUCAGUUAUCUUAGAUUAUUUUAGCAUAGCAGAACUUUAAAGACCCAUCAGCUAACAAAAGUCUCUUUAGAUUAGUCUGCAUUAAAACCAAAGAGGAGAAUAAUAAACAUGUCGCUUUAAAAGGGACGAUGUGCGGUAACUGUUUGUUUGCCUUUAAUCCAGCAGAGACUUUAGGAAGUCACUGCUCCCUUCCAGGAUACAGUCCUACAAAAAAAAACCUUAUACACUGAGUUUUACACAGCCUUAACAUGCAGGAAGUAAAGUAUUCAUAACUGGAAGGCAAGGUUUGCUCUUUUAACACAUAGCUAGGCAAGGUAUUUACCUUUAUUUCUAGUCUUUAUGCUACGUUAAGAUAAGCUAACUCACUACUGGGCUGUCUAGGUGGUUUUGUGAAGACAUGAGAGUGCCUGGCCUGUUGCUUUUGUAUAGAACUAGCUGUUUCCUCUUGUUUCAAGCCUGUAUGCUAAGCAAAGCUAACUGGUUGCUAUAGUGUAUCUUGUGGGGUUUAACGGAGAGACUUGAACGUUUUAUCAAGCUCCACAUCUAAUUCUUAGCAAGAAAGAAAAAAAGCCAUUAACCCCAAUAUUUAAAAUAAUCCAUUAAAGUCUUAACUCCCUAGCAGCCAUUUAUGCUCAUGAAUGUAUUGUUGUUGUUUUUUAUCCCCAGUUGUCUUUCUUUGAUUGAUUAUAUUUUAUUUUUUGAACAAGCAAAUAAAUGUUUUGGGAAACUUGAGAGUCCUUGACACCAGAAUAAAGUGAAAUUUUGUUUGAGAUUGCAAAGCACAUGCUGUACAUGCUGUAGUCCUUUGAAAAAAAAAAAAAAGAAGUCUGUUUAAGGUAGAAGCCAAGGAGCAAGUGGACUCAUUCUGAAAAGCUCCACUCAUGUAGACGUGUACGACAUAUCAAAGACAUUCCACCUGAAAGACUUGUGCUGCUGAAAUAAGCUUUCUAUAGGAGCUCCUGCAGCUCUUUGUUUGACCAUUUGUUUUUAUUUCAGUCCAAACUUUGACCAAUAUAAGCCAAAACAAAAUACCAAUUUAGAAAUGCAUUUAUGUCCCAUCAUUUCAGUAUCACACCUCUUUCAUUCAAAUGUGCAGAUCCUGUGUCAGCAGUAUGAAACAUCAGUGUGCUUUGUAUCUGCACAGUCUAGUGUUGUUUAAUGCUAGCCCUGUUCUAGCCUCCAGUGUCUUAGCCUAUAGAGACCCCUAAUUAAACUAUGUAUCAUUUUAUAAUCUCUAAUAUCCACUUUGUGUAUGACGUAGUGCAUACUUAACAAAUGUAUUUGUACUUCACUUUAGCUGUAACUUUGCAAUGAAUCUCCUCUCUGCAAAUACAUUAUACUCCUGUAGCCUAUCUAUAAAGAUAAAACUACACUCUUUCUUUGCUGCUACACCAUUUGUGCCCUAUUAUCAUGUCUCUGUAGAAAACUGCAGUUUUAUGUUGUAUAAGCAUAUAAAUGCUAAAUAUUAGAUUUAAUGUCCACAUCAACGUGUAUACUGCAUUGUCAUAUAUGUUGAAAGUGAAACCCGAAUACAACAGUGAUGUUACAGAUGUUAAUAAAGGAAAUGUCUUAUUUUUCAUAUAAACCUCUCGUUUUCUUCCUGUCAAUGUUUGUUUUCACUGCUGUCUAUGUAAUGUCCUCAUCUCCCCCACCUCUUUGUUUUAAUCUUUCCUUUGACAUUAAUGAAAGGUAAACACACACUUUUGAUUACAGUGACACC